GAGAGUGAGACAAAGAAGGAGCAGGGGGCUGUCCUUACUUGCUCUUCAGUGUGAGGACUGGAUGUGGGAGGAGGCAGAGGGAGAACAGGAGAAAGAAGGGGACAAGAAAGGAAAAAGAGCAAGCAGGGAGUAAAGCAGUAUGUUUGGUGUGUAAGGAGAUAAACACACAUCUGAACGUGUGUGAGUGUUUUGCAUAUUGCAGUCUCUAGCUUCCUCUCUUCUCUACUCCUGUGCUGCACAACCUGAGGCUGAGGGACCAUGCAGCAGGGGUGGACACUUCCCUGGCUCGCUGCUCUCCUGCUGGGGCUGAUGGGGCUCCUGGUGUGCGGCUCAGACUUCCAGCAUCACCGCUACGAGGACAUGGUGCGAGCCCUGUUUGCAGUGCAGAGCGAAUGCCCUUACAUUACGCGCAUUUACAGCAUCGGGCGCAGCGUAGAGGGGCGCCACCUCUACGUGCUGGAGUUCAGUGAUAACCCGGGCAUCCAUGAAGCAUUGGAGCCAGAGUUCAAGUACGUGGGCAACAUGCACGGCAACGAAGUGCUUGGCCGUGAGCUGCUCAUUAAGUUCUCCCAGUUUCUCUGUGAGGAGUAUCGAGCAGGAAACCAGAGGAUCAUGAGGCUGAUCCACGACACUCGCAUCCACAUCCUGCCCUCUAUGAACCCUGAUGGCUACGAGGUGGCUGCCAGACAGGGUCCAGAGUUCAACGGCUACCUGGUGGGUCGAGGGAACUCCAGAGAAAUCGAUCUGAACCGGAACUUUCCAGAUUUGAAUGCACUCAUGUACUACUACGAGAAGACCAACGGACGAAACCACCACCUGCCCCUGCCUGACAACUGGGAGCAACAGGUUGAACCAGAGACUUUGGCAGUCAUCAAAUGGAUGCAAAACUACAAUUUUGUCCUGUCAGCCAACCUCCACGGAGGUGCUGUAGUAGCCAAUUACCCUUUUGACAAGUCGAGAGACCCCCGCAUUCGAGGGAGGACCACAUAUGCAGCCACUCCAGAUGACAAACUUUUCAGAAAGUUGGCGAGGACCUACUCGUAUGCUCACAGCUGGAUGCACAAGGGUUGGAACUGUGGGGACUUCUUUGAUGAGGGGAUCACCAAUGGGGCCAGCUGGUACUCUCUGUCCAAAGGCAUGCAGGACUUCAACUACUUAUACACCAACUGUUUUGAGAUUACCUUGGAGCUGAGUUGUGAUAAGUUUCCUCCAGCAUCAGCACUGCCCAGAGAAUGGCUGGGCAACCGAGAAGCACUGGUUUCAUACCUUGAACAGGUACAUCAUGGGAUAAAAGGCAUGGUGUAUGAUGAGAACAACAACCCUAUCGGCAACGCUGAGAUCUCAGUGGCUGGCAUCAACCACGAUGUGACCAGCGGAGUGGAUGGCGACUAUUUCAGACUUCUGUUACCAGGUACCUACACUGUGACGGCUUCUGCCCCAGGUUACAACCCCUUCACCAGCACUGUCACGGUGGGACCAGCUGAGGCCAUACAGCUUAAUUUUUACUUGAAAACGGCGCCAAAACAAAACCUGAAAGGGAAGCCACACAACGGCAAAAAGAACCUCUCGUCUCCCAAGGCCCCCUUAAAACUCGGCCCUAGAUGAGACAUGGACAAUAAUUUAGACAAUAUGUACACACACACUGAAAAUCUCAUGUAAAACGUACACAUACACUCGUACACAUGCAAAUUAUGGAAAUGAUAAUUGACCAUAAUAUAUGUAUGUAAUUUGUAGUCCUAUGAUUAUGUAUUUCAAAUGUUUGUUUUUCUGUGUUUUUUGUUGGUAAAUAUAAACUGUGUGUCUGUAUUAAGGAAAUGUUGCAAAGCCGGUGUAUUUAUGUAACAGUGUUGAUUUGUAUGAACACAGCAAUCCUGGAUUUGUAAGGGGCCUUUUUUGAUUUUGAUCGCUGUAAAUUGAUGAGAAUCAGAAGUGAAAAUAAAGUGUGUUUUUCUCUCUUUA